AUGGAGCGAAAGACAACAAUACACAACAGUAAACAACAAGACAACAUCCUGCCACCCUUAUGCAAACGCCCCCACGAGAGCCAUCAGCGUGGCGCCGGCCACGACGGACACGAACGCCUGCGUCCGCCGGCGGCCGUGCAGCGUCGUGUAGCUCUUUUCCGUCAAAAAGUCCUCGGCCAGCAGCUGUACGAGGCCGGCAAACAGCAGCAGGCCGCUCGAUAUGGCGUUCAUGAUGCCGACCAUGAGCAGGCCCGUCUGGCUCAUGGGGUCGUAGAGGUUGUGCACGAGCAGGCCAAUGGCCUGGCCCAGGGGCGUGGUGCCGCCGUAGGCCAGGACCAUGAGCCAGGGCUGGUAGGAGGCGCGGGGGAAGUGGAUGGCGGCGAUGCGGCUGCCGAGGGCCAGGCCCUCGAAGCACUGGUGGAAGGCGAUGGCGACGAGAAAAACGACAAAGGCGGGGCCCGUGGCGACGCUGAGGGCCAUGCCGAUGAAGACGCUGUGGAACAGGAUGCCGGCCUCCAGGAGCAUGCACUGCAGCAUGAGCCGCUUCUGCUCCUCGGCGUCGGGGCGGUGGGGCGCGAUACCUUCGCCUUGGUUCUGGCCGUGGCCGGCCGUGGUCGUGGCCGGGUCGAGCUCGUCGAGGUGCAGGGCGAGGUCGAGCGACCCGUCGUCGCCGUCGUCGCUGCCGGUGCCAUCCCGGCCGUCCUGGGAGCGCGUCGUCUUCCGAUAGCCGUUUCCCAUUCCAUGUCCAUGUCCAUGUCCAUUUCCACUGCCGUUGCCGUUGCCGUUGACAGGCGGCACGGGCGACGACUCUGGCAGGGGCGACGCGCCCGCCAUCAGGCCCUCGCCCUCGCCCUCGCCCUCGCCCUCGCUGGCCACGACGUCCAAGGCAAUGUUGUCGGGCCGGUAGCUCGCGCCGCGGCGCGCAGCCAGGCCGGACCCGACCGUCGUCGACGAGCUGCGGGCGCGUUGGCCAGAGGGCCGCUGGUGUUCGUCGCUGUCCUCGGUGUCGACCUCCUCCCACAUGUGCGCGUGCGAGUGCGCGUGGCCGGCGCCGCGGGUCGUCAGGUACGACUCGAGCCCGACGACGCCAAUGGCAAAGACCAUGGCGAUGAGGCCCGCGAGGGGCGUGUAGCCCUGGCUGAAAAAGGGCGGGAGGCACGGGUCGGUGAGGGAGACAAAGGCGGUCGGCAGCAGGUGCACAAAGGCGGUGGCGAUGAGGACGCCGGUGCCAAAGUGCUGCGACAGGAAGACGACGUUGGACGGGCGCAUGCCGCUGGCGCGCCGGCUGAACAGGGGGAAGCCGCACGAGAGGACGCUGAUGGCGAGGAUCAGAAAGAGGGCGAAGACGUGCAGACCCGUCUCGUAGUUGCCGCGCUUGCCCGAGCCGCACUCGGGCCGCGGUGCAUCGCUGUCGGCACUGCUGCUGCCGCCGUGGCGGCGCGCGAGCUCGGCACGGAGAACUUGGAGGUGACGAUGCCGUCGUCGGAAAGUGAUGUCAAGGAGGACAGAAGACAGUGGGCGACCGUGGACGAAUAG